GCAGCUCCUCAGCGACCAACAAAGGCUUAUCGCAAGAAGAACAUCCGAGCUGUGCUCUCUACUACACAAUCGCGGCUCCACGGUGAGUCAAUCCUGCAAUGAUAAAGAUUGGAGGGAGCGUUGGGUCGUGCGCCUGCGCUGCUUUCGGUAUCUCAAUCCGCUUAUCCACGGACUGGCUGAAUAAGCCUGUGUCUUUCACGGAUGUCUGAUGUUACAGAGAAGUCGACCAUCGAUUCAAUGACUGAAGUUUUGUUCUGCCGACAUCUAUUGCCCUCGAACGAAGGCCAACCCUUGCGCUGAAUUUUUUGCUACUCGGGUUUCUCAGGACCGAUUCUUGUCUUCAACUGGCCAACCGAUACAAGCGCAUGAUGGCGUUCUUCUACUGGUUCAGAUCAUGUAACGAGUUCGGCAUUGGAUCGAGUCCGGAUUAUGGGUUACUCAUCGGGCGGCUGGAUUGGGUUCUCACUCUCCUACUGCCAGUUGACUAUCUGCGUGGUCUUGAAAUCCUACGUGGCGACUUGCAUGGCGAGAUAUAUAUAAUCGGCGUCUCCGUGCCACAUUCUUCCGUUACUUUUCUCGACAACCGACAGCUGCAGCCAGCCUGCAGUCAUGCCUGGGUCCGCGACCUCGUCCAAACCUGCCGUCGAUUCAUCCGUAUUCUCGACGCGCCGCCGAGCGUAUAUGGCCUGCACGAAUUGUCGACACCGGAAAAUCAAGUGCAUCGCACCCGCCGAUGGAGACUUCGGCCCCUGCAAACGAUGUGCGAAGCGCGAUAUGGCGUGCGAGUACGUUGCAGUCCCGGAGGAGAUGGCGUACGAGCGCCACAAUGACUAUGCCUCUCCGGAUCCCACAAACUACGACUAUACCGCACGAAAUGUGCAGGCCGGUCGCUCGCGGGACCCACAACCGAUCACCCUCCCCUCAGCCAGUCUCAACGAGUACAUGCGCCCCAGCGGUGGUUUACAGCCGGAUCAACGUGCCUCGUUCGUCGAUUAUUCUAGUCAAUGGCCGCCAGGACGACAGCCAACGAGCGGGCUUCCUUCGGCAGGAUAUAUGCACCCCGGUUACCCCUACUCUGGAGCUGGAUCCGACCACCAGCGGCAAUAUGCACAGCAGCCCGAUUACGUCGUGCGUGGUCAGAAUCAACCCGUGACGUGUGCCUGUCCACAUAAUGGACCGUGCUAUUGCGGCGGAAACUACCAUCAGUAAUAACAGAGUUGUCAUUCAUUUGGUUGCUCGGACACGAGGAUCCACGGGUUUGGUUGAAGAGUGACUCCAAGUCUAUGGAAAUGCUCUGCCUCAGCCCACAGCUUCUGUAGACUCACGAGGAAUGAACAUAGCGACCGGUCGAGUGUGUGAUCUACACCACAGCCCCUGUCUAGACGACAGACCGCCGCAUCGGCAGAUCGUAUUGAUGCAUUGAUGGGAGCUGAGAUGCUUCUGACCCGACUUCGUCGAACACCGGAAUGGCAAUCAUCGUAGGUUCCCCAUCCGAAGAAGCCGGACAGAGACCGUCCGGAUCAGUCGGCGAGCUUCUUCGACCGUUCGAGAUUACCUCUGGCUCGUGAACCUCGGCGUGCACCGAGUUCAUCCGUCGCUCAUUUAUAAGGAAUGCAUCGUCGGGUCGAAUACUUCCACAUCAAAACAGCCCCGGCCUCCUUUGCACACUCCAACUCAAGCCCAGCUCACCCACCAUAUACUCGAAAUGUCGUGCUCAUCAGUCAUGUCCUACUACGGCUACCCUUCUCCCACAUAUGCUCCCACACGCAGCACAUACACAACCCCUACCCCAAGCCAGUCUGAAGUCCCGGUCGCGGCCGGCUCUCCCAAGAGAAGAUCCUUGAGCAAUGUCGUUCACAGCAUUCUCCAUCCACGCCGCGGGUCGUCGCGCAGCAGUUCGCACUCGGUGGAUUCCGCGUCGGACCGCUCAUCGCGCUGAGAUGGAAUAUGCAAAUAAUUUUUCUCCGUCCUAGACUGUAUUUCUACGCCCACUCAUUGUAAUUGUAAUCCCAAACAACACCGGCAUGCUUCGC